GGAUUGAGUGGGUGACUGGGUUACCCCGCCAUUUUUCUCACGUAUGCCGUGCUUUUAUUUAUUUAUUUUUUUUUUAAAUUUGUGUCCUUUCUCAAUUGUAAUUUGUAAAAAUCAGAUCACUGGCCAAACCACUUGAAAGAUGGGAAAUUUUGAAGAUGUUAUGACUCGUGGAGCAUCCCACAAUCUGCCUGUUGUCUUGGAAAAUGGUUUUGUUCCCCCCGUCCAAAGCACUGGAGUUGACAAAGAACGCCUGUUCAAAGCUGUUAAUCUUCGAAAAAAAGGUGCUGAAGUUGACUUUGCAUUUGGGGAAAAAUUGUUUCUUGAUAGAACUACCUUAAAUCCUCUAACAAUUGACAAACUUGGAGACAUUCCAGUACCACUAUCUGUUAAGGAUAUUCAAAAGGUUAAAGAAAUAUCUGAAUUAGGACUGUAUGGAAAAGGAUUAAAUAGGUUUUUUGACUCCUCAAAAAUAUUGGCCUUUCAAAUUGAUUCUUCAAAACUAACCUCAACUAUUAUCGAUGAUCUCAACUUGCUGUCAUUAGUCAUGCAUCAUCUAGACCUGCCUUCUGAUUUGAUGAAUGUUCAAGCAAAUCUUCACCAAUUGAUUUUAUAUGAAUCAGAUGGCCAUUACCAGUGUACCUCAGAGUCAGAGAAAGAAUAUGGUUCGUUCGGCACUACUGUUCUUCAGUUACCCGUGGAAGGUGGUCAUGAAGGUGGACGUUUCAAAGUGCAGUAUCGAGGAGAAGAACAAGUGUUUGACAAUCAUCAAGACAGCGAUCGAUGUUUUUACGCAUCGUCUUUUUAUGGAAAUUGUCAGCAUUCAAUGGAACCCAUAACAAAAGGGUCAAAAUUGACGUUAGUCUUUGAUCUUGUUUGGGCAAAUGCCGAAAAUAUAGUUCCGCAAGAUUUCCCUGUGUUUCUUACCGCCCUGAAGGAUAUUAAAGGAUCUCUUCCAACUUGGAUUCGUAAUCGAAAAGAUGAUAACCAAAACAAGAAUCCCACAAAUCACACGUUGACAAACGAGGCAGAUGCAUCAUUCGCUUUCGAAGCCCUUGCAGUCGUGUGGUCGUCCGAAAAUCAUUCAAACGAAAAACCCGAUUCAAAUUCUUCGCUGUUGGAAGCUGAAGAAAAUACUUCUGAAAUUGGAAGCACGGAAGGUGCUACCUCUAAAUUGUCCGAAGAUUUUAAUGAUAAUCAUCACGACCAAACUCAACGCCAAACACCGUUGGACGUGUCGAUUCAGGAUGGUGCAUGCACGAUGGGAGGAAAUGCUUGUAACGAGAAUCAAGACAAGGAUCAAGACGAGGAUCAAGACGAGGAUCAAGACGAGGAUCAAGACGAGGAUCAAGACGAGGAGCAAGACGAGGAGCAAGACGAGGAAGAUUCUACGGAAGAGUAUGAAGUCGGGACUUUCGAAGAAAAUGUUUUGUACUUUGUUCUUGAAGGAAAAUAUGUCGAAGAUGACUUCACGUUUCUUCGACUCAAAGGAAAAGAUCGGGAAUUGGCGCAACUUCUUCAAUGUUGUGGUUUUCUCGACACACAUUUAGCCGUGGUAACCAAAACCGUUUCAACAACUCGCGGUGAAUAUGAUCCGUAUUAUUCGCGUAAAAGGCAUAACUACUGUGAUCACGAGAAAACAAAAUCUACCACCAAAAUUUCGCGAUGGAUAGACUCGAAAAAUAUUUCCAAGAAAUUGAUUAUGGAUUUAAAUUGGAUGAAGCAGUGUGUUGGACCUCUUAGAAACUUGCCUACAUCAGACAGCAGAACAACCGGAACAACUGACUCGGAGGAUGAAUGCGAUGACUGUGAUGACUGUGGAGGGUGUGAUAGUUGGAAUACUACUGAAGAACAUUCCCACUAUUUUAUAUUGGUUAUUUGGCCUAAGCAUCAAUCGGUUCAGAUGUAUUGUCGCUAUGGUCUUCACUUACUACUAGACAACAUUGAAAUCAAAAGUUCUUCAACUAGAUGGCUUACGAAAAACAAACAGAAGGCAACUGAGAGUUUACGAACGAUCAUUUCUUUUUGCUUCGCCGAACCUUGGAAAUUGUGGACCCUAACAAUAUUAGCAAAAGGUGAAUUGACUCGAAGAUUGCUUCGUCUUUGUAUUGUUUUACGAGCGCGUGAGGAAGGUCUCAGUCUCCUGAAGAUUAUUGCUUCCGAUUUUUCCUUGCCACCAGAAAGAGUCAGCAGCAUGCAAGGAACUUUUGAAGGGAUCCAAACAGAACAAGUUGCUAAGGCGAUCGCUGAAUUUGAAUGUCUAGUCAUUGGUUGGAAAGAAUCCGCUGAUCUAAUUCAGAAAAUGAUUUCUCCUGAUCGAAUCGCCCAGCAGCUGGUACCGAUAAUCAGUUUAUCUCAGCACUUGUUGAACUUCCAUUGCUUAGAAGGAGCGGUAUUAGUUGCAGAUCGCAUUUCUUCCUCAUUGACAAACUUAAACAAGCAACAAGCCCAGAGGUUAAAACAAUCGGAAAUCCAAAGUUACGUUGAGUUCAUGAUUUCGUUGGAAGAAAAUGACAAGACUGCAAAUCCUCAGAGAGCCAAGUCGCUUACAACUCUGUUCUCAAAACUGGAAUCCUCAAUUCAGUGCAACCUGGUUCUGGAGUUAGAAGCUCAAGUUAGUUCGCGGUUCAAGAACUUGGACUCUUGCAACAACAUGUUCCAGGAAUUGUGCAAAGCCCUGCCUCUUUGUGAUCUUCGUUCCCCGUCGAUCAAGGAGAAGGUGAUAGUUGACUUGGUGUGUUUUUACUUUAGGAUUGGAAACGAAGAAUUGCUUCAAACUUUGAUAUCCAACGUUUUCCACGUUCCAUCCACCCCUGGAGGAAACAAAUUGAAUUCUUCGGAGGAAGCAUUGGAAAAGAUUAUUUCAUCCCCACUAAUAUUGGAAUUGGCUUUAUCUUCUGAAAUGGGCGUGUCUGCUGUGCUAACGCUAGUUGAUAAACAGCUAAUUUCCUUAACGAACCAGCUUUCGAAGAUUCUUCAAGACGAGGCUCAGCCAUCUUCGUACCUGAAUAGAUACCAGCCGUCAUAUUUCAAUCUUAUGUACCAGCGGAACGAAACUCAACUGCUGCUUAGUUUAUCGUCCUGUCUUCGAAUUGUAAUUCGCGUAGAAAAAAAUUCCAGCAACUACACUGCGCAACGAUCGUCGUCAAUUUCAUCACUUCUGUCGAAGCUGAGCGUCCAGCAGCUAACCACCGUCUUGAAUGACAUUUUAAAAUCAAGUUCCAGGCAUUUGAAAAAACAUUCGUCAGCCGCAACAAUUAUUCACCAAAUUAGCGUUUUCCUGAUUUCGCGAUUGAAUGAAACCAACACUGCUGUGCUUAGCAGAAGCACUAUUCUACAGUCGAUAAAGGCUGUAAUUGAGCUUGAUGAUGAAUCACUUACACGAACUUUGUUCCAGCAAUUUUGCGAAAAGGAAGGAAGUGGAUCACGGAGCAAACAAAACAAAUCCGGUUUACUCCGCGAUAUUCUUUCUUCUCCUGACAUGUGGGGAAAAUUGGAUUCUUCAUCAAGGCAGAUAAUCAUGGAUGCUUGUGCUUCGCUCGUUAAUUCGUGGAUCGCGGAAAUAUCCCAAUCUCUGAAUUCCCUCAUUGAAUCGACUACCACCCUUAUCAAUGCUCCACCGAAACUACUGACCGAAAGCAUAGUCGAAUGUGUGCAACUGUUCUUUCUGGGAGAGAAGAACAGAUUUGAUUUAGAACACAAGAUCACCGCCGAAGCCUUUCAACCACUCAUCUUCAAACUAAAUGCUUCUCAACUCUUGGAUCUUGUAUUGCAGCUCUACAAAUCGGAGUUCGAUGCCCGUCCCAACAUCAAGAAAUUUCCCAUCUGCAUGGAUUGGUAUCGCACCAUAUGCAGAAUCUUGUUUACUAUGGAGUUUGUGUCGCUUGUCAACUUGGACGUAGCAACCAACAUUGUUAAUUGCCUCUUGUGGCUUGAAGAUGAAGAGUCUUGGAAAUAUUUCACACAGAGUGUUUGCAGACAUUUUCAAUCGUCUCGAGGCAAUCUUUUUUUGCAAAUCUUCUUAAAGGAUAUUCCUAUCCAGGGAGCUCUUAAAGCUUUUGCUCCCGCUUUUGCUGCUUUCGUGCACAUCGUGGACCACUGGGCUCAGCAUUCCGUGAAUCUGAAGGAACCGACAUUCAGCUGGCAGCAGUCCAAAGCCGUUGUACCGAAUUAUCCUGAAGUCCAAGUCUUUCUUCGUUCACCUAAAGAGUCUAUGACCUUCAUGAAAUUUAAUGGAAUUGCCGAGGCUCGUCGUUUGGCCGACAGUCUUCAUGCCAUGGGGCAGUCUAACAAUUUCAGUGUUUCAGUUACUACGUCUGGAAGUGGAAAAAAUUCUCGGUGUUACAUUAAGAAAAAUCGAAAUUACUGUGAACGCUCAAGACUAAAUUUUUUUAAGAUGAAAACUGAAUUGAUUGAAUUGAUAAAGCUUCGUAACCGCCUCGGCCAAGAAAUUGCUCAAGCGGAACAAUUGGCUGCUGCGAUUUCUUCAACACCAGUUGCGACUGACGAGGUCUGCGUCGUCCCUCCACCUAAGCGUCCCAAGCUCGACAUACCUGUAAUUGAACUGGAAUGAAGACAUGUUAUGUGUUGUUUAAUUUGUUUCUAAUUAAGAACUCUUGCUUGAUUUCAUCAGCCAUUCAGUUUUAACUCAGAAUGUAUUUUUGUUUGAAUAAAAACAUCACCCGUUGUCUUUU